AUGUCGUCCUCCGCUGUGUCUUCCUCUGCGCGAGGAGCUGGUUUCUUGAUCCUCCUGCAGAUAUCCUCUCGGGCACUCACCUUCGCCUUGAACCAAGUCCUCCUCCGGUUUCUCUCUCCAACACUUCUGGGAGCCGCAGUACAGCUGGAAUUAUUCAUUAUAUCUGCUCAUCACUUCGCCCGGGAGAGUCUACGAGUAGCAUGCCAACGACAGCCAAAAAGCGGCAUCCAGUCGGCCGUCAACCUGUCCUACCUGGUCAUCGCUGGAGGCAUUCCGAUCGUUCUGGUUUUGGCACAAUGGUACUUGAGUACCAGCUAUCCCGAUGUACCCUACUUUGUCGAAGCGUUGAGAAUAUGCGAGCUGGCUGCGAUUAUCGAGCUGGUCAGCGAGCCAGCAUUCGUAGCGGUGCAGCAGAAGAUGCUGUACAAGACUCGUGCGGCAGCUGAGGCAAGCGCUGUUGUGGUCAAGACAUUCUCCACUGCUGCUCUGGUGUUUUGGAGCCAGUACCAGAGCGUCGAACUGGGUGUCCUGCCGUUUGCUGUGGGCGAGCUGGCGUACUGCUCUACUUUGACUGUGGUCUACCUCUGGCACGUGGCACCUGUUGCGACGACAGACAAGUUCUCGCUGGUAUUGAGCAAGAUCCGGCCGAGCUCUGAGGAAGAGAGAAAUGAUCUACUUUACUCUCGUUUGUCAAAGUCUUUGCUCAAUUUGAGCGUCUCACUUUACAUCCAGUCUGGAAUCAAGUAUGUGCUCACACAAGGCGAUGUCAUUGUGAGCACUACUCUCGCCUCACUCGAGGAUCAGGGCAUGUACGCUCUCUCGGCGAACUACGGCGGUCUCAUCGCCAGAAUGGUCUUCCGGCCGAUAGAAGACAGCUCUCGAAACCUGUUCGCGCAACUCUGCGCUCCAGCCGCCGAACAGGAUGGACAAUCAAAUGGACCUGCCACAGGAAGUGAGAAGAGUCAAGCGAAACAGCCACCCGCAAACAUCACACAAGCCGCUACGAUCUUGCGCGACAUCCUCCACGUCUACACCAUCGUCUCCCUCCUAGCCUUCGCCCUCGGCCCAACAGCCGCACCGCUGCUUCUACAACUCGUGGCAGGCUCUCGUUGGUCAUCCUCUGGCGCCGGUGAAGUUCUCGGCACCUACUGCUACUGCAUCCCACUCCUCGCCAUCAACGGCGUGAGUGAAGCUUUCGUCGCCGCAACCGCCUCUGAGAAGGAUCUGUACUGGCAGAGCAUCUGGAUGGGAGCUUUCUCGGCGGGUUUCGCGGGGAGCGCGUAUGUGUUCCUGAGGGUGUUGAGUUUGGGGGCGAAGGGUCUGGUGUGGGCCAACUGCGUCAAUAUGGGGCUAAGGAUUGCGUUCAAUGGGUGGUUUGUGAGGAGGUGGUUUGGGGAGAGGGGUGUGGACUUUAAGCUUGCGGAUUUGAUGCCGAACAUGUACGCCACUGGGGCUGCUGUCGUGGUGCCGGGCCUGCUUUCGCAGACGAGCGGACUCUUGGCGAAGUAUGGCUUGCUCGGGGAGCUUGUUCGAGUUGGAGCGAUUGGUGGUGCCUUUGCUCUAUUCGUCGCUGCGACGGAGCGUCGAUUCCUGCUGGAUUGUUACAGGAGGCUCAGGUCGUAA